GUAUGUAGGCAUGUAUGUGUGUGCAGUUUUAGGGUUUUUAUGUUAUAGAAUUGGGGACUGUUUAAUGUUUGGUUAAGUUGUUGGUCCCAUAUAUGAUAUAUUCUUUACCUUGUUGGUGAACUUGUCUACCAAACAGCUUUAAUUAUGUAGUCGCCUUUAAGUUUAGCUUUCGAUUAUGUUUUGGAAUCUGAUGGUUUGCUUCUUGUGUAAGCAAGAGUAAUUAUUGAACAAACAAAAUGUGGUUUUGGGGUGAUUUGGUUUUCUUUCAUGCUUUGCUUGUCGCGGUAAAGAAUUCGUAUUUGUAGUUGUUUGGUUUGGAAUCGGGCGUUAUGCAACUAUGCAAGAAAGCGUGUAUAUGAAGUGCACUUCGUUUUUUCGGUUGCAUACGUUUUUAGGGAAGAGUUUUUAUCGUAUGGUUUUUGAAAAUUUUUGUGCUUUUAUGCGUUGGGUGAUGCAAAGCUUGAAGGAUAAAGUGUGGUCUCUUUUCCAUAACAGAGGUUGUCUUGGAUGUCCUAAGGUUCCGUUUAUGACAAAUGAUAAAAAGCCGACUGAUAUCGUUAAAAAAGACUCAACCACAAAUAAAGGUAGCGUGGUACAAGAUUUUUGGAGUAGCAGUACAUAUGAGAUGGAUAACAGUGCCGGUCAGUCGCAGUUAAGUGCCUCGUCAGUUAGCAUGUCAAACCCUAACCUUGAUGCCCACAGUAGUUCCGGAAGCAAUCCUCCUGAAUUUGUAAAUCGCGGUCUUCUUCUUUGGAAUCAAACAAGACAACAAUGGAUUGGAGAUAAGGGAUCCGGUCACAAAAAGAAAACUCGAGAACCUGCUAUAAGCUGGAAUGCAACAUAUGAUAAUUUGCUUGGGAGUAACAAGCCUUUUCCAAAGCCAGUCCCUCUACCGGAAAUGGUGAAUUUUCUUGUGGAUGUGUGGGAAGAAGAGGGAUUGUAUGAUUGAGUGGCUGCUAGACAAAAAAAACAAACAUUAUUAUUGAUGGAUGUUUUUUUCUGCAACAUGAUUAUUAUUGAGUUGAUAGCAAUGUUGGUUCAAUCAACCUUCACCCCUUUUGGGCUACAUUAUAACGCUUGAAAAUUUCUUAAAUUCAGCUUGCUUUGAAAAUAA